UCACGUGACUGUAUUGCGAAACCAAAAGUAACCAUAUUGAAUUGGGGGAAAACAAACUAUUCUUUCCUUAGCGAAGUUAAGACUUUUUUAGAAGCACUAUGUCCUUCAAUUACUUUGAAACUUUAUCAAAAGAAGCAGCGGAAAGGUAUCAGCGAAAAAUAAAUCUUCUAGGGUUAAGUAAAUGUCCAUACAAGUUUACAGCAGAUUCUUGGAGUGAAGAUCCAAGUCAGUGGCCUUCUUUAAGCUAUCACAAUCUUUAUCACUACUUGAUUAAAACUCCACGUAUCUAUUCUCCAGAAGCAAUGGAAAACUAUAAGGCAUUAGAGGCUUGGAAAUUCUUUCAAGAUGGGUGGGUCCAAACUAUUGUCCAUAUGAAAGUAUGUCAGAAUGUUACUAUCUUGAAAUGUAAGGUUCGACCUUCAUAUAGGACCACAUCUCCUAACCAUAAACCUUGGGUUGCUCUCAACUCUCUUGGUAAUGUUUUAACUGCUCACUGUGACUGUAUGGCUGGUCUUGGUGAAACGUGCUCACAUGUUGCUGCAAUGCUAUAUAAAAUUGAAGCUGCUGUUCGUAUUGGAAUGACAUCAAGCACAUCAACUGACUUGCCUUGUCAAUGGAACCAAACAUUUACGAAAAGUAUUGUUGGCUCCCCAGUUGCUCAAAUCAACUUAUAUUCUGAUGCUGCAAAAGAAAAACUUUCUAAAAAGAGUAAAAGAAAAAUGCCUAUUUCUCCAACACCUCAAGAAAAAAAUGAUUUUUUAUCAGAAAUACAAACUGUGCAGCCCAAAACUGCUGCUCUUCAUUUGUUUAAAGAUUAUGAUAAGGAGUUUAUUCAAAUAGAAUCUGCUGUCGUACCAAAAUUACCAACAUCUUUGAGAGAGUUUUUUAAUGAAAACUAUAAAUCACUUAAUAAUGAACAAAAGCUAUCUUAUCUUGAUGAGAAAAAAAAAGAAAUAAAUUUGACUUCUGAUAUGAUAGUUUAUGUUGAAGAAGCAACACGAAAUCAAUCGCUAUGUGAUACCUGGUUUAGAGUAAGAGUUGGUCGAAUAACUGGCUCCACUUUGCAUCAAGUUUUUAAUGCUAGAGUUGAAACACCUUCUGUGUCAUUAAUUUUAAAUAUUUGUGCACAGAAAAAUAUACAGAUAAAAAGUCCUGCAAUAAAGUGGGGAAGAGUAAAUGAAAUAAAUGCAUUGAUUUUAUAUAAACAGAUUCAUUCUGACUCAAAUGCAAUAAGUAACUCAAAACCACUGUCAGAUAUUUUUAUUCAUCAAAAUUUGAGAGUUGAAAAAAUUGGACUUUGUAUUGACUUUGAAAAACCAUGGUAUGCAGCAUCUCCUGAUGGUGCUGUUUAUUGUACUUGUUGUGGGCAUGGAGUUUUAGAAAUUAAAUGUCCUUUUAGUUUAAAAGACAAGUCAUUAAAAGAGCACAUAAUUAAAAAUGCUUUUUAUGUUGGUGUAAACGCGGAUGGAAACUACUUUUUAAAAAAAGAACACCAAUAUUUUUUCCAGGUUCAACUUGAAAUGAGAGUAACUGGAGUCAGUUACUGUGACUUCAUGGUGUGGACACCCAGUGAAUUUGUUGUAUUGCGCAUUGAGCCUGACACCACUUUCAUUGAGAAUGUAUUAAUUAAGUGUGAUAUCUUUUGGAAUACUUUUAUUUUGAGAGAGUUCGUUACACGAGAAAUCGAAUCAGAAAGAGAAUUGCUUUCUUCAACAUCAAAUAAUACUAUAAAUAAAGACAUACUUUUUUGCAGUUGUAAAUCUAAGUUUUCAAAGUGAUGAUACAAUGGUUGGUUGUGGUUCAUGUGAUAACUGGUUUCAUCUUAAAUGUUUAUCUUUGAAAUCAGCGCCUAAAUCUUCUGUAUGGUAUUGCAGUGACUGUAAAUACAAAAAAAAGUUCCUACACACUAUAAAACCUUUUAUACAAUAAUGGUGCACAGUUGAGAAAUCAAGAAAACAUUGGCUUGCUCAAUUAAAAGAAUAUGUAUCUUCUUGGUGAGUUAAAAAAACGGCUAUUUUCAUAGCCACAUAUUAUUAAAAACAUAUUAAGGCGUACGUUUUGAACUAAUACAGUUAUAAAUAAAAUACUUAUAGCCAGUUAAGUUGUUUUGCGCUUUAUAUGAAAACCCUUGCCUGUCAAAAAGAGAAAAUUCUUCAUAAUAACCUUGGAUUAGGGUAGGUGGCACUUUUAGAUGCUUAUUAAAAGGGUGACUCUCGAUAUCUUGUUUUAUGGUUUUGAUUUUUUAAACAGUACAUUAAAAGGUUUUAUUUUUAUCCGUGUCUUUAUAAUUUUUUUACUUUAAAGUCUGAUUACACCAAAAGUUUAAAACUUGUAACCCCUACCCCCUCUCUCUCUUUCUCAUAGAACUUUUUAAAAAUAAUA